AUGGAAAAUCAAACUGAAAACAACAAUGAUGCAAUGAGAACAACAGAAGGGGAGAGAGGGAAUCGGAUGGAUUCGCCCACAGGCGGAGAUGGUGGAGCUGAGGCAGGUGAGCUCGGUGGCGGAAGCGGUGGAAAAAAUGGUAAAGUGAAAGGGCCGUGGUCACCAGAGGAAGAUGCAGUACUGAGUCAACUAGUGAGUAAGUUUGGAGCGAGGAAUUGGAGUUUGAUAGCGCGAGGAAUACCAGGGAGGUCUGGGAAAUCUUGUAGGCUUAGAUGGUGUAAUCAACUUGAUCCUUGCCUCAAGCGCAAACCUUUCACUGAGGAAGAAGAUCGACUUAUAAUUGCAGCUCAUGCAAAGCAUGGAAACAAAUGGGCAGCAAUUGCGAGGCUCUUGCCAGGCAGAACCGAUAAUUCGAUUAAGAACCAUUGGAAUUCUACUCUAAGGCGCCGAUGGGCAGAUCUGGUAAGGUUGAAACCAGGAACCAGUGAUGCAAUGGAAGAUGGUAGCAAUGAAAGAACAAGGGCGUCAUCAGAAGAAACUCUUUCAGUUUGUGAUGUCAUUUCAUCCCAGCCCCCGAAGUAA